AUGGAGAUCAUAAUUCAACUUUUUUUCUUCAAAACCAUCAAUUCUAGAAGAAACCGAGAUAAAAUUCUAUCUAUAACCAGAGUAGAUGGGACUACAUCCAAUGAGCCUGAGGGGAUCCAGCAUAUUGUUAUCCACCAUUUCCAAUCCAUUCUUGGCAAUAGUUCUUCAUAUGCACAAUACAGGUAUAGGGAGCUUCAUAACUUUUCAUGGAGACAACUUUCAGAUGAACAAGUUUUGCAUCUUUCUAUUCCUAUCACUGAGGAUGAGAUCAAGAGGGCAUCUUUCUCUAUUCACUCCAACAAAGCCCCAG